CCCUCCCGCAUCCCCGAAGGGGCGGCCGUCUCUCCCCUUCCCUGCCGCGGUCACGCCCGGCCGGGCCCGGCCCAGCCCAGCAGCACCUCCCGACUCGCGGGGAUUUCCUCCGCGCCGGAGCCGCCCCCGCCGCAAUCCCUCCCGGCCCGGCGGCGGCCCGUCCCCGGAGGCGCUUCCUUCCUGCGGCCGGAGCUCUAUAAAGCGGCCGCCCUGGUCGGCGGCAUGACAGAGAUUCGCCGCGCCGGCCGCCCGCCAUGCGGCGGCUCCCGCUGCCGCUGCUGUUGGCCGGACUGGGGCUGGGGCUGGGGCUGGGACUCGGCGAGCUGGAGCCGCCCGUCCCGUCGGGGGCGCAGUGCCUGGAGCACGACUGCUUCGCCGUCUUCUGGACUCCGGGGUCCUUCGCGGCUGCCAGCGCGGCCUGCGAGCGGCACGGCGGCCACCUGAUGACCGUGCGCUCCACGGUGGCAGAGGAUGCGAUCGGGCUGCUGCUGCGGAACCGCGGCGGGCGGCUGUGGCUGGGGCUGCGGCUGCCCACCCCGUGCACCGAGCCGGAGCGGAGGCUGCGCGGCUUCCAGUGGGUGACCGGAGACACCCGCACCGACUACGACAACUGGGCGCCGUCGGGGCGGCGUUGCGGGCAGCUGUGCGUGGCGGUGUCCCGGGAGCUGAGCUGGGAGGAGCGGCGCUGCGAGGAGCCGGCCGACGGCUUCCUCUGCGAGUACAACUACCCCGACAGCUGCCCCCGCCUGCCGGCCGCCGACGGCGCGUCCCUCACCUACCGCACUCCCUUCGGCGCCGCCGGCGGCGACUUCCUGGCCCUGCCGCCCGGCUCCACCGCGUUCGUCUCUCCGAUGGGGCUGCAGCUGCUCUGCGAGGCUGCGGCCGUCGGAGGGAGGACGAGGUGGGGCCGCUCCGAGCCGGGCGCCUGGCCGUGCCGCCUGUCUAACGGCGGCUGCGAGGGAAGCUGCGAAGAACUGGAUGGGACUCCGCGCUGCUCCUGCCCCACCGGCAAAAAGCUCGGCCCCGACGGGCGCGGCUGCCUGUCUCCAUGCGCCGGUGCUCCCUGCGAGCAACACUGCGUGCCCGACGGGGAGAGCUUCCACUGCAUGUGCUCCGAGGGCUACCAGCUGGGCCCCGACGGCAGCAGCUGCCAGGACGUGGAUGACUGCGUCAAGGUGCCCGAGGUGUGCGAGCAGGUCUGUCACAACACCGAGGGCGGCUUCGAGUGCCUCUGCCACCGUGGCUACGAGAUGGUGGAAGGGCACUGCAUGCCCGUCCCCAACUGCAGCACUGGCCCCUGCGACCACAUCUGCGAGGACGUGCCCGGCAGUUACCGCUGCAGCUGUGAUGACGGCUAUGUUGUCGACCUGAAGAAUCCCACCCAGUGUGUGAGGCAAUGUGAGGAUGGCAGAUGUCUGGCUGAGUGCGAUGCCACCGGCCUCUCCUGUGUUUGCCCCGAUGGCUUUGUGACAGACCACCUGCCUGAUGGUGUCACACUCUGCGUUGACAUCGAUGAGUGCGAGAAUAACUACUGCGACCACAACUGCACCAACACGCCCGGCAGCUACACGUGCCACUGCCAACCUGGCUAUGUGCUCGUUGAUGUCAACGACUGCAAACCCAUCUCAAUGGAGGACAACGUGGAUGAGUACUCAGGAGAUUCUGGGCCCUCCCUGCCCUUCCCCAGCCGUGUCCCACCCAAGGCAGAGCACCUGCACCCUGGGGCUCUGGUGGGCAUCACAGUGGGCGUGCUGUGUGGGGCUCUGGUGCUGCUGGCUGUCGGCUACCACCUGGCAAGGAAGCGCUGCCAACCCCCCAGCUCUAUGGAGUACAAGUGUGGCAGCCCCCGUGAGAAGGAGAUGGGGCUCCAGCAGGUGUCCGCCAGCCAGAAGGUGUAGGGAGCCUGGCGAUGCACAGGAGACGGAUGGAACUGGGUAACGUUUGGUUGUAACCCCCCUGGUUUUGUAAAGAGAAAGCAAGGAAAGCAGUUCGUGUCAUUGGCUUCUUGUGUUUCCCGUGUCUGUUGCAUACGGACCUCUGGCAGCGGAGCACUCAGAUUGCCAGCAGUGCAGGGACCCCGUGGAGCUCACCGUGGUGGGGUUAAAGUGCUGAUUUCUUUCCCCUCCCACCAUUUGGGGACUGUUUGGGGGUGCAGUGGGUAUUACAGGAGCACUGGGGUCAUUUGUAGGAAGGGCAUUUCCAGUGCUGGUGAUACUGUGCCUUUUUCCUCUUGUGUUUUUCCUUUAUAUUUUUCAUCCUUUUUAAAUUUUUUCAUCCAGGGAUGAGUUGAAUUUGUGUGGAUGUUGAAGGCAAAACUUCCUGGUGAUGUUUGUGUUCCGGACCUUGCUGCUUGCUUUGCAGGUGUGGGCUGGAGGGUAAAUGGGGUGGGAAAGAAGAGUUGGAGGGGGGAAGAUCCCUGAAGCAGCCCCCGAGGCUGUCAGUGCUGAGGGUCUGUGCCCGAGUAGGGGCAGCUGCCACAGUGCCAAGCUUUUCAGAUGGGAUUUUGGGCUUGGAGCUGAGGUUUGUCUGUGCCCCUCAGGCACAGAGCAAUGCAGCAGCCCCUGAGAUGAACGCCAGCUCCACACUGCCCCAGUUGUCGCUUUCCUGAUGUAAAUGGUUGAACCCACUGUUUUAUACACCCAGCACAUGUGUAAAUACUUAUUUAUUUAUUGGAAAUAUACCCUACGCCACGCGCAAUCACCUCGUGAUGUUGUGUGCAGACCAAUAAAGCUUUUACUGUCUGAUUUAUAGAAA